AAAGAAGUUAAAUUGGAGUUCAACGUGAUAUUCGAGGAGUGGCAACAAGUAGUUUGAAAACGGCUUUACUUGUGAUACGACGGAACGUUCAUCGUAUCCGUCCAUACGUUUAUUAUUAAACCGGUUCUCUUCAUCAAAUUUAAUAAUAAUUUAUUUAAUAAUACCUUUAGAGUCAUUUUACUUUUAUAUCUUAUUUUUUAAUAAUUACCGAUCAUUUUUGUUCGAAUAUAUUUGUUAUACAAUUGAUCAGUUUUUUUUUUUUUCAAAUGGCUUGCAAAAAUAUACCUGAAAUUAAUGAAAAUACACCCGGUUUUACAAUUAAAGCGGUGACUAAACCAUUUGGACUUUCUGAAGGACCUCAUUGGGAUCAUGGAUCUCAAAAAUUAUUCUUUGUUGAUAUUAUAAACCAAUUAUUAUGCAGAUUGGAUCCUACUUCUGGUUCUGUUACACAUACAUACAUAGAGAAUGGUCCAGUUGGAGUAGCCAUACCCGUGGAGGAUGAUCCUAAUAAAUUUGUAGCGGGUUCUGGUAUCGAUUUUACUGUAGUUACAUGGGAUUCUGAGUUUAAUUUAACUAAAUCUUCUACCCAAGUCUUAGCUAUCGUCGACAAAGAACACAAGGGCAAUAGAUGGAAUGAUGGCAAAGUUGACUCAUCUGGACGAUUUUGGGGCGGUACCAUGGGUGCAGAAAUAAAUGGAGAGGUACAACCCAAUCAAGGAUCUUUCUAUCGUAUAGGAAAAGAUUUUGUACCCCAUGUUGAAAUAUCUCCUGUUUCUAUAAGCAAUGGAUUAGCAUGGAAUAAAGAAGAUGAUACAUUUUAUUAUAUUGAUUCGCCUACACGUAAAAUAGCAGCAUACGAUUACGAGCCUCUUUCUGGAACCAUUUCUAACAAAAGAAUAGUCUUUGAUUUUGAAAAAAACAACAUUACCGAAGGGGUUCCCGAUGGUAUGACUAUAGACACAGAUGGUAAUCUUUGGAUAGCCGUUUUUAAUGGACAUGUUGUACUUAAUGUGAACCCAAAAACUGGAAAAUUAAUACGUAUAAUCAGACUUCCAGCUAAAAGAGUAACAAGUGUUGCAUUUGGGGGACCAAAUUUACAAAAAUUGUACGUUACCACCUCGAGUUAUGGAUUAUCAGAGGAAGAGAAGAAACAACAACCUAAGGCUGGUUCUGUCUUUGAAGUAACAGGUUUAGGAGUUAAUGGAUUACUGGCUAAUUCGUUUCAACUGUAAAAUGUUAAUAUAUAUAUGAAUUUAAAAGUAAAUCUUUUAUAAAAUAAUAUUGCAAAUAUUCUAAUAAAUAUAUGAUCAAUUAUAUUCAAUGACAUAAGUAUAUAUAAACAGUGUUUAAAUAACUUUGAAUUCAUUAUUAUGUAUCAAUGUGUAUUCGUGGUAAAGUUUUAUGUAAUUUCAGAAAUAUAUUCGUUUUUCCAAGGUA